GGACGAAACCGGGCCUGGGGUCGCCAGCGAGGCGCAGGGGUCCGGGCGCCGGCUUUUGGGGGCACUUUGAAGCCUCGGCGAGGGAUGGGAGGCCCCAGGCGCGCCGGAUAACCGGGGUCGGAGCCCAGCCACGGCAGGGGGUGGGGAGAUAGCAGGGCCUCCCCCAUCCCCACCCCGUCGCCAGUUCCAGCCAGGCCCAUCAUGUCCUCUGUGAUCUUGAGAAAGCCGCUUGAGCAACUUGGACCUCCGUGAGAGACAGUGACAAUUGUCUCCCCCUCACCUUUUUUUUCCGGCUGGCCGGAGGGUGACCAGACACCACGAGCCAUGGCUGUGGGGAACAUCAACGAGCUGCCUGAGAACAUCCUGCUGGAGCUGUUCACGCACGUGCCCGCACGCCAGCUGCUGCUGCGCUGCCGCCUGGUCUGCAGCCUCUGGCGAGACCUCAUUGACCUGGUGACCCUCUGGAAGCGCAAGUGCCUGCGUGAGGGCUUCAUCACCGAGGACUGGGACCAGCCUGUGGCCGACUGGAAGAUUUUCUACUUCCUACGUAGCCUCCACAGGAACCUGCUGCACAACCCAUGUGCUGAAGAGGGGUUUGAGUUCUGGAGCCUGGAUGUGAACGGAGGUGAUGAGUGGAAGGUGGAAGAUCUUUCUAGAGACCAGAGGAAGGAAUUCCCCAAUGACCAGGUCAAGAAAUACUUCGUGACUUCUUAUUACACCUGCCUCAAGUCCCAGGUGGUGGACCUCAAGGCCGAAGGGUAUUGGGAGGAACUGAUGGACACCACACGGCCGGACAUCGAGGUCAAGGACUGGUUCGCAGCCAGGCCGGAUUGCGGGUCCAAGUACCAGCUGUGCGUUCAGCUGCUGUCGUCGGCGCAUGCACCUCUGGGGACCUUCCAGCCAGAUCCAGCGAUGAUCCAGCAGAAGAGCGACGCCAAGUGGAGAGAGGUCUCUCACACGUUCUCCAACUACCCACCCGGCGUCCGCCACAUCUGGUUUCAGCACGGCGGCGUGGACACUCACUACUGGGCCGGCUGGUACGGCCCGAGGGUCACCAACAGCAGCAUCACCAUCGGGCCCCCACUGCCCUGACACACCCUGAGCCCCCAUUCACAGAACCCUAACUGGUAAAUUGCUGUCAGAGAAGGGCUGGGCUUUGGGAAAGGGAGGUGGAGGCCAGGCACCCCCAGACCUCUUAGUUCACUUUUGGCCCCAGUUGCCUCUUCUUUGUGGAGCCCCUGAGCUUGGGCAGCCAUCACAUUCUGUGGAAGGCCAGCUCUCCACCUGAGAUCUCAACCUCACACAUGGCAGGGGUGGCUUGUGUGAGCCCUUUUAAGAGAUGGAGCAUUUGAGGUCAAGGAGGUGUGGAAUGUUCCCCCAGGCUCCUUCUAGAGUGGGUCACCAAGCUCAGAUACCAGCCUAGAUCUGUGUCUUUACCUUCCCUUCCUGGGACCUUUCUCCCUGUGUUUUUUGGGGGCCCUCAGGGCAGGUACAGGCAAGACAUCUGGCAAGCCUGUGGCUGCCUGGGAUAGUGAAGGUGCUGGGAGGUGACCCUGUAACUCUGGGAAGAUCUGGGAAGUAGGAGGGACCUGCUGGCCCAUCCUCUAGCCCCAUUCUGUGGCUCCUAAUCUCUCUCUCUGCCUAAUCAGAAGAGUUGAUCCAGG